AUGGUUGUAAUUUCCUCACUUCUCGCAAUCAGCCUAGCACCAUUGCUGGCUGUGGCUCAGCUGUCUGGAACUGUGGGUCCGACUACUUCUUAUGAAGAUAAGGCUAGCACAAAGAUUUGCAAUGUCCUCGACUAUGGUGCAGUUGCAGACAACUCGACAGAUGUUGGAGCUGCCAUCACCUCAGCCUGGGCUGAAUGCAAGGACGGAGGUGUGGUGUAUGUUCCAUCCGGUGACUAUGCGCUAAGCAGCUGGGUUACCCUCACUGGUGGCUCCAGCUGUGCUAUUCGGUUGGAUGGAAUUCUGUAUCGGACACUAGAUGACGGAGGCAAUAUGAUCUUUAUUGAACAUACCACAGACUUUGAGCUAUUCAGCUCUACCUCGAAGGGUGCUGUGCAGGGCUUCGGCUACAAGUAUCAUGCUGAGGGAUCCAUUAGUGGCCCACGUAUUCUCCGACUAUACAAAGUUACUGACUUUUCUGUUCAUGAUCUUGCUCUUGUGGAUUCGCCCUCUUUCCACUUCAGCAUGGAUACAUGCGAGAAUGGUGAGGUCUACAACCUGGCUAUUCGCGGUGGCAACCAUGGUGGCUUGGAUGGUAUCGAUGUCUGGUCUACUAAUAUCUGGGUUCAUGAUGUCGAAGUUACCAACAAGGAUGAGUGCGUGACUGUCAAGAGCCCGGCUAAGAAUAUCCUUGUCGAGAACAUUUAUUGUAAUUGGAGUGGUGGCUGCGCGAUGGGAUCUUUGUCUACUGGAGUAGACAUCUCAGAUGUGACCUACCGUAACAUUUACACCUGGACCUCGAACCAAAUGUACAUGAUCAAGAGCAACGGAGGAGACGGCACCGUAUCUAACAUCGUGCUGGAGAACUUUAUCGGUCAUGGCAAUGCCUACUCCCUUGAUAUUGACCAGAAGUGGAGCAGUAUGUCCGUCGUUGACGGCGAUGGUGUGCAGCUGAACAACAUCACCAUCAGUAACUGGAAGGGUACCGAGGCAAAUGGGGCCGCGCGUGGACCUAUCAAAAUUAUUUGUGCCGAUGGCGCCCCUUGCACUGAUAUUACCAUUGAAGAUUUUGCCAUGUGGACUGAAUCUGGGAGGUCUCAGUGGUACUCGUGCGAAAGUGCUUAUGGUGAGGGAGCAUGUUUGAAGAGUGGAAGCAAACACACUUCAUACACCACCACCACGACCGUCACCACUAAACCAUCUGGGUACUCAGCUUCUACGAUGGCCUCAGACCUGGCUACUGCUUUUGGCUUUACUGAGUAUAUCCCUAUCCCAUCUAUUCCGACCUCAUUCUAUCCUGGUGUGAAACCGUACAGUUCUCUGGCUAGUGCCAAGGAGACUGCCAAAUAG